GUACACCGCCCGCAGGGCUGAGCCCAGGACAGGCAUCCCACAUCAGAUGGAUGAAUAGCAGGUCUGUCCCGCCAGCUGUGUGCUCUCUCCCACCCAAAGAAAGCAGUAGAGACUCAGACAGCAAAUUUUGGAGUUGCCCACGCAGUCUGUUACCAGCACCAGUGCGUGUGAAGGCACUUGAGGGCAGCAAGAUGGAAUUGGAGAGAGAAAUCAUCGACCUCCAACCUGGGAACCCUAAUACCAGGGGGAGCCAGCCCAUCAACCUGAACCACUACGCCACCAAGAAGAGCGUGGCAGAGAGCAUGCUGGAUGUGGCCCUCUUCAUGUCCAACGCCAUGCGUCUGAAAGCAGUGCUGGAGCAGGGGCCGUCCGUCCAUUACUACACCACCCUCGUCACCCUCAUCAGCAUCUCUCUGCUCCUGCAGGUGGUCAUCGGCAUCCUGCUCGUGGUCAUCGCGCGGCUGAACCUCAAUGAAGUAGAAAAGCAGUGGCAGCUUAACCAGCUCAACAAUGCCGCCACCACCCUGGUCUUCAUCACAGUCAUCAUCAACGUCUUCAUCACAGCCUUCGGGGCACAGAAGACAGGCAUUCUGGCCGCCAAGACCUCAAGGAAUCCUUUCUGAACAUAGCCUGGGCCCCAGGUCCUGGGUCUGGAACUGCUUCCGCCUCUUUCCUCCCUGAUAUUCGAGGCUGGUGGGCACUUUCCACCGCCCCUGGGAGAGCUCCAAAAAGGGCAGUGUAGAUGUCCUUGACGCCUACCUACAGCACCUGAGUUAAGAUGUGCUAUGUUACUGGUUUAAGUGAAUCCCAUCUCGGUCUGGAGUCCUGAGCUCAGACUGGGGUACUGCCAAUCUUUUUGGUAGCAUCUCCUGGACCCAAGGCAUGUCUACCUAAGGUCAAGCCCGCCCAGCUUCAGGACUCUGGUUCUUCCUCCACCUCAUUCCUUCCCCUCUGCCCUAUCCAUUUCCUUUGCUUCAGGCCUCAGUUUUCCCUUUCUUUAAAAUGGAAUGACUUCUAUCUAUAAAGUUUUCU